AGGGUUUUUUGUGAAAGCUUGAAUCCAUCGACUAGGGUAACUAAAGGGUAGGCGAACCGGGAAAUGGAAGCAAUAAAUCCAACAUUCACUCUCAAAUCGAUUCUACUGUACAAGGUUUCAAUUUAGGGCUCUCUACAUUCUUAUCGAUUCUACUUUCAUUCAAGCUUACAUCGGUUUUUUUGGUAUACAGUAACCGAAGGUUACAUUCUCAUCGAUUCCACUUUCUCUCUUUGAAGAAAAUAUCUCAUAUUUUCAAAAAGCCCUAAACCAGCCACCGCCGGCUAUCACUUCCACCAUCGUUCACGUCGUCCUACUUCCCAGAUGGUGUGUGUGUGCGCGGCAAGACUGAACAGAAAAUGGGAAAGAAAAGAAAACAUGAGGUGAAAGAUAGAGAAGAGAUUUUAAGGCCGAGGGGAGGAUGCAUCGGAGCUGUGGUUUCUAUUGUAAUAGUAAGCGAAUAUUUUAUCACAAGUUGGAGAUGCUUAAAAACUUUCAGGAACUCGGAGUUUUGUAAUCAAUUUUAUCGGGCUUAUUUUGUGCUGAUUGUGCAAGAAAUAUUUGAUGUGAUGACCGACAGUUUCCAUAAACUGGGAUUUAACCUGCAUAUGUUGGUGUUGCAGCACUUAUUCUGCCUGGUGGAAUCUAGGUCAUUAACUGAGCCUUUGUGGGACACGUCAACUGUUUCAUAUCCGUAUCCAAACAAUGGGAUGUUUGUGAGAGACAGAGAGAGUACACUAUUAAGCUUCUUGGUGCCUCUUUUCCAAAUAUUCCAACAUCUGAGGUUAGAUAGCCUAGUUGGGUUGUUUGGAGCAAGAUGUCAACCAAGUUCAACUAAUGACCCUUUUGGCCUACCAAGAAUCUCAUAUGGUCUUGUCCAAGUGUUGGUAGAAAAAGAUAGAAACUUGGACUUACAACAUGCUUUGGAAGUUGAUGCUUCUGUGAAAUCUUUGAAAAUAGAUGUUGUAACAAUAUGCGAGAUUGAAGCUACUGUGAUGCCUGAAGAUUACAGACAAAAGAAGGUUUGGAUCUUCUGUAGUGAGUGCAAUACACUUCAGAGUUUCUUGAAUUUUGAAUUUUGA